AUGGGGGACAAGGUAUGUGAUCAACCGCUGUGGCCGUUCCCAGGUACAAGUGUUGCUAUGAAUUGUAGAGAUCCGCAGUGUGCUCGGUUUGCAACGUUUUUGUGCGCACAUAAACUUCAUGCUAAAGGUUAUUGCGGCAAGUGUGCUGGAGAGUACCAGCAGAGAUUGCGAGGCCCACCGUCCAGGUACGCGUCGACGCAUAUCUAUGACGGGUCCAUUUCGCAGGUCAACGCAUCGUUAAGAAGUUUGGAUAAGAUUGAUUGGGGAGAAAUUAUUUUCCAAGGCAAAAGUUUCGAUGAAUUUAAAGCUCGCGAGAGAGGAUGCUUAACGUUGCGUCUACUGCAGUACCUCGAUGAGCCAGGUAAUGCGAUGCUGGCACAAAAUCCGAGUGUAGGAAAUGCUGUGGCAAUUAUUGAUUGCCAAACGUUUGUUCCGGAUUUCAUUCCAGUGCUGAAAGCGUCGAAAAACAGCGCCAGAUGCCGGUGCCAUUCCAAGAAGGUGCUCUCCUUGAUGUGUGAUCGAGUGUCCAAGGUUUCUGAUGACUAUAACAGCUCCUAUGAAGAUACAGGUCUUAUCUCCAGCACGGGUGUAUCGAUAAAAUGUCUGAUUCAGGAGGUGAUUCGAUCGUCACUUCUUGAACCCAUUAUUGAUAUCCGUCGAGAUGAAGCACUUCGAGGUCGUUUAAAGUACUCACUACUGCAGUUGAUGGAUAGCGUAACACUCGAUCCUGGCCAGCUGAAAAGUUUUGCAGGUGCAUUGAUGUUUCCCGUGCAUUGCGCACAAGGUCCACCCGGCACAGGAAAAUCGUAUUUGGGUGUUGUGGUUGUUCGCGCUUUGCUGGUAAUUAGAGAACUCUGGAAAUUAAAGAAUAGCAACAAUGGAGAUCCUCCGAUCCUUGGUGCUUUCGUACAAAAACCACGCGAUCGAUGA